AUGCCCCCCGCCGACGACGACAUGCCAUCGACCUUUACCCAUCCCAUCCUGUCGCCAUCGCCUACCGCGGGUCCUCAGGACAGUCGCCCUGGAUCUGCUCGUCGGCCUUCGCUGGGACUGCUCUCGGGCCAGAACGCAGGCGACAGAAUCGGGUCGUUGCUGUCGUCGCGGGCCCCGUCCUCCGCUUCCGACGUCGGUGGCUCGCUGCUUCGAGAUUAUGCCCGCAACAUCGAUCCAUCGCAGACGGAACACGAGAUUCAUGUGAGCGAUCCGGCCGCAGAGGAGCAGCCGGCUGGCGACACGCAUCCUCCGGCCGACGAGGAACGUCCCAGCGACGCGGUGGAAUCCGCUCCCACGUCGCCUUUCUUGCAACUGCGCUCUCCCAAGUCGUUUCGCAAACACCGCCAGAACACGCUGUCGACCGAUUCUGUUCCGCGCCAAACCAUCAUGAAGGCCCUUGCGUCGCGACCGCCCAUGUCCAAUGCCCCGUCCAUGCCGCUGGCGGCUUCUUUGACGGGGCUGCUCAACAGUAACAACCAGUCUAAUAAUAAUAACUCUGGUGAUGAGAUCGAGAAGGACGGCACAUACAGCAAUUCUUCCUCCCAGCGACUGUCUGCGGCCUUGUCCAACCUGCAGUUGUCGGGAUACACGGACAAGACACCAUCGACAGCUCGCUUUGCUCUGAAGUCCCCUUGUUUUUUCCACCAGCGCUUUGACGACGCGGUCAACAUCCAAAAGGUCCUCGAAGAGAUUGCAGACGACGAAUGGCUGUCGCAUUCCCGUCUCGUGCAGACCGCGACCGGGGUGAGAGAGGUUUCGAAGCAGCUCCAGCGCCGGCCCAUCAAGCGCGCCGUGAAGAAUGUCAUGAUCGUCACCAAGGCGCGGGACAACAACCUGGUCUACCUGACCCGCGAGCUGGCCGAAUGGCUGCUCAGUACGCCCCGGUAUGGCAGUGAUCUCGGCGUGAACGUGUAUGUGGACGCCAAGCUGCGCAACUCGAAGCGAUUCGACGCGGCAGGUCUGCUGGCCAAAGAGCCUCGAUUCGAGACCAUGCUCAGGUACUGGACGCCCGACCUCUGUUGGACAUCGCCCGAGAUAUUCGAUCUGGUGAUCACCUUGGGUGGGGACGGCACGGUCCUCUAUACCUCCUGGCUCUUCCAACGCAUCGUGCCGCCGAUUCUGUCCUUUUCCCUCGGCAGUCUCGGCUUCCUGACCAACUUCGAGUUUGCAAAGUACAAGGAACAUUUGAACAACGUGAUGGGCGAUGUGGGGAUGCGCGUCAACCUGCGUAUGCGAUUCACCUGCACGGUGUACCGUGCUGAUCGGAGCAAGGGCGCCGCGCCGGGUGAUGUCGAAGAGUGCGAGCAGUUUGAGGUGCUGAACGAGCUGGUCAUUGACCGCGGGCCUUCGCCGUAUGUGUCGAAUCUCGAGCUGUACGGAGAUAAUGAACUGUUGACUGUCGUCCAAGCGGACGGGUGCAUCUUCUCCACCCCUACAGGCUCAACUGCUUAUUCCCUCUCCGCUGGUGGCUCUCUCAUUCAUCCUUCGAUUCCCGGAAUCCUUCUCACUCCGAUCUGUCCUCACACCCUUUCCUUCCGUCCCAUGGUCCUCUCCGACACGAUGCUGCUUCGUAUUGCGGUGCCCCUCUCAUCUCGCUCGAGCGCCUAUUGCUCGUUUGACGGCAAAGGGCGGGUGGAGCUCCGCCAAGGCGACUACGUCACCGUGGAGGCUAGUCAGUAUCCUUUCCCAACCGUCGUCUCUGGCGGAGGGGAGUGGUUCGAGAGUGUCCGCCGGGCCCUGCGGUGGAACACGCGGGGUGCGACGCAAAAAAGUUGGAGUGGGAAUGUCGAGGGCGCUCCUCCCGACGAAGAGGAGGAGACCGAGUUCGACAUUGACUUUGACACUCCGGCCACGGGCACCGAUAGCGGCUUUGGACCGAGUGAGGACGGCGAUGCAGGCAGUCCGAUGAGACGCCAAAUGAGCCUGCUGAACAUGUAG